CCAAGAGCACCAAUUUGUGUCCUCGGUUUUUCAGACCUUGGGUUCGUGGCAGAGCAGAGACACAGAAGCACCAGCCUGCAACUAUUCCAUAAUACUAACAGCUGGAUCAAGCCAUACAGUUUCUUUGUCAGUACCAGAAAUGGUACAAUUGACUGUGCAAAGCUACAGAAGAUCCCUGCAAGAAUUUUCUGAAAGCCCGGUUAUGUCAAGAUGCAACAGCCUCAGAUGCUCCCACUCUCACACUGGUGGACCACAGAGCAUCACUGAGUGGCUGUCACUGUGUGAAAAGGAUCCAGUGGAGAUUCUCCUUGAUUUGGGGUUUGGUACAGAGGAGCCCGAUGUCUGCACUAAAAUCCCUCCGAGGUUCCUCAGUGGUUCUUCUGUGGCAAAAGGUAUUGACAUCCGAGUCUUUUUGGAAGCUCAAAAGCAGCGGAUGGACAUUGAGCUGCCAAACCUGUAUGGACGUUUUCGACAAUUGGAAGUACUUGACCACAUCACCAGUGCCCUCUCAUCUUUGCUGACUGAUGUGAACACCCAGCAGACCAAAGCACAGGAAGCUGGUGGGAAUGUGACCGGUCAUUUGAAUGCUGUGAAGAGCAGAUCUGUGGUCACACAAGCGAAGAGGAGAAGAAUAGGUCAGCUCCUGAGAAGGGCUUCUCAGCAGACAGCACUGCUGAACUUGGGCUCGCUGGCACCUGAGGAAGUCAGCAUGCCAGGCACAGAAGAACAGCCUCACCUUUGUGUGGAUAUUGCUGAGAAGGAACCAACCCAGGCAGGAUUUUCUGCACAUGUUACCUUGGGCUGCCUGUCCCAGGAGCAAACCUGUAGAGACAAAGGUUCCUCAGCUUAUCCCCUAUCCCAGUGCCCGCCAGCUCUGCCAAGGAAAACCUGUGCUUCAUCGUGUUUAGUGACAAAACAGCUCCACCUUUCUUCUCCACGUGAGGCACCUGCCAAAGACGGGCCAAGAAAAGAGCCCCAUUUGCUUUUGGCCCAGAUGCUCAAAAAAUUGGCAGGUCUAAACUGCAGGCCUCCAGAUUCAUUUGAAAUGGAAGAGAUUCAGAGCUUUGAGGAUGAAAUUCCAUGUGGAAAUACUCCUGACACCACCUCAACAGAGAUGAUGGUGACAAGAACAAGCAGCUGCCAGUCAGACAGCAGUGGGUUCAUGGAGGAGCUGCCAGAAUCUUUAGUACUGCAAAAUGUACCUUUGUCAGGAAAGAGGAAUAUUUUUUCUGAUCUCUAUAACCAACGAACAGCUCUGUCACAUACAACAGAGUUUCCUCUGUUAAAUCAAGAUUUCCAUCAAAAUCAAGAUGAUCGUGUUGGUGAAGUCUUCAUCAGAGCUUGUGAAAGCAUCGAGAUGGUAUCUAGACCAACAAAAGCAUGCAGAGACCAGGGAGAAGAGAUUUCCCUUCUGCUGACUGCGGAAAAUGGCAAGCAUCAGUCCUGUAAUGCUGGGCUGCAGAGUUCUGUCCAAGACAGAGUAUGUGGCGUGGAAGAGUAUAAAACUGAAGGACAGCAUCUUGAAAAAGAGGAGUACACAGAAGAGAAUACUCCUUUCGAGGGUGAUACUCAAGAUGAAGGAGAUCUGGUCUCAUCAAAAUUUCAUUGUCAGCUUAAUUUCAGUACAGGACAUAAAAAUAUGAAUGCAGCCCUCACUGAACUGAGUGAUACAAACCCUGAGAGCAAGCUCGGAGGUGAUGAUGAAAGUGAGAGAGGCCUGAUGGAAAACGGCAGUGAAGUCACAUGUCACAGAAAUGCCCACACAGACUGUACAGAAUGUGAUGAAGAACUGUGGUGGGGUGUGGAAGAGUUUGUCAGAAAUGGUGCCAUGCUUGCAGCAAAUGAGGUUACAAACAGGCAGAAGUUUUGUAAAAUGGGUGCUGAUGUGAAAAAAAUAAGAUGCUUCUCUAGAAGGGGCGUCCCAGAAACUCUGUGUAAGGGCUGUGCCGCUCCAAGCUGCUCUUCACAAGUGUCUCACAGGCCUCCUCUGUGCCGAGCAGGAGCGCCAGGGUUAAGUUCACCCAACGAGCAAGAGAUAGGGGGCACAAGGGAAAUGUUAGGCACUAACAAACCAGAACUAGGGGACUCUGUCCAAAACUGUGAAAUGACUCGUACUCCUCUGACAUCUGUUACUGUUCAGAUGCCUUCAGGCCUGGAACUUACUUCAAGGGUGAAGUGCACUAGGCAAAAUGUUCCUUGCACUGAAAGCCUUGCUAGGGAUGACCAUGUGGACUCGUCUAAGGUGUCAGCACACUGCUCUGAGGGUGCUAGUCCCAUAUGGUCAGACCCAGGGGCUUCAGAGGACGGUGUGAAGCAGACCACUGACACCCCCAGCCAAACUGGAGAAAACAGGAAGACCAGGCAGCUGCCUGUGCUUUGCCCACCCCAUCGCCACCUGACAAAAUCAGCCUCCCUUGACACCGUGCUCUCUGGAAAAUACAAAUACAGGCCACACCACUGCAGUGAAACCUGCAGCAGUCCCUGCUGCCACUACUGCUGCUGCCAUGGUUGCUGCUGCUGCUGCUUAUGGACGUGUCCUGUGGCUGUUUCUCUCCAUAGCCCCAUGGGUUGCUGCUCAAACCAGGCUGCCAACAAGCUGAAGCUCCUGAGGACGCUGACGUUUCUGCAGGAAAACGCAAUGCAAAAUCUUCCUCUGUGUACUGACGAAAUAGAGUUGAUGAAGAUCUCCUGCCAGCACUUCCAUGAGAAGCUGGAUGAGAUUGAACGGCACCUGACCGAACAGCAGGCACUGUUUUCCAAUUAUAUGCCAGAAGAAGGAAGGGAGGAAAGCAGAAACCUGCAAUGCCUACAUCAAGCCAUUCGUCAGGAGAUGGCAGAGCUGGAACUCUGUCUGAAUGAUAGAGCUUACCAAGUUGGGGAGGGCAUCCUGAUGCAGCUGGACCAAUUACUGGUAGAACAAUCCCAUCUGUUUUCUGAGCUCGGACUUUCUGAUUGGAAGGGAGAAAGAAAUGCCCAGAAUAAACAAGCACUUCCAGAUGCUGCUGGUGCUAGAAGUGGGUGCUCAGAAGGGGUGCCCCAAAGAGCUGCUAGCAAAAACACCACAGCAGCAGGCCUUCUCUCUGCCCUGAAGCCAGAGGCACCCUUAAUGCUGCUUCCUACCAGGACAGUGCCUGAGCCAAAUUCAUCCACACAGGAUCUGCAGGAGCCCUCCAUCAGUAAAAAAGAAAUGAAAGGACCUCCUCAAGCAAAAACCGAAUUUAAGGCCUUUAUACACAAUUUGAAGAAAUCUUUCCAAAAUCCUUUAGGUAACGAUUCAGCUGAAGGGAAAGACUGACGGAUGACAGAGUGAUGGAUUUUGUUUCUAGUAACUGUGGCCUUUCUCCUUCAAUACGUGAUGCAUCUCAGAAACGAAUGAGCAAAACAUUGCUUUGUCGAGAGUUCUGAUCAUAGUAAUUUCAUUUGCAAUGAGAUGAUUGGCCAGAAACAUAGGCAACUUUAUGGAAUGUCUCAAAGAGAGGUACUGUGUGUUGUGCUAUUCUGUGAUUGCAGAACUUACUACAUUCCCCUCGGCCAUCAUCUGGAGUAGGGCAGUUCUUUGCAAAGGAGAGAGAGCUUAUUUUUAGAAGAAACUUGUGAAGGUCACCUUACAGCCAAUUACUUUAAUAAAAUCAAUGCCAAUCUCCAAGUCCAAACUGCCUUGCAUAUAGUCAUAGCCCCUUUCUAGCUUUUAACUAGCUAUUAAAGUCUAAUUUGCCUCUGACUAAUUUGAUGAGUUUUGUAUCUAUUCUCAGUACCAAAUCAGAAGCAUACCUACAGUGUACAAGACCUUAAACACUCAUGCUGUCAAAACAUUACUGUGGAUCAUACACUGACUGUCCUGUUCAUUUUCAUAUUUAUUUCACAUAAAUCUAAUUAAAUAAAAUGAGACUAGAAACACAGGAUUUACUACACUAUAAAACUUGAAUCAGAAUCCUAGUUUAGUUUUCUGGAGAGUGAGCAAAGCCUGGAUUCAUUUAGGAAAAAAAAAGAAAGAAAAAAGAAAAAAGGAAAAAGAAAAUAAAAAGACCUCUCUGAUUUGGAGUACAGAAAAGAAAUCCAACUAGUUCAUUUUCAAAGCAGUUUGUGCUCCUGCUUUCAGUUUAGCGCUUCCCAGACUGUGAGACGCCCUACUGGCUUGUUUAUUUAAUGCUCUGGAGGGAUCUUAGGUGUCAUUUAGGCUUUGGUGUUGCAAAUCACAGCUCUGCGAAGGUGCAAAUAGAAGGAGCAUUUGCACAUGUUCAAGGAGAAAAUUGAGUCAAACAUGCUGAGCAGCCUGGAGGCUUCCUGCACCUCCACGUUUCCACAGAUGUUCAAGGUAAUAAAAUGAUUGGGGGAGAGAAGUUCAUAACACAUGAACCAACAAGAUCCUCCACAGCCUGCUGGGCCAUGAAUUUUACUGGUUGAAAUCUGCCCCUUUCUUGAAACCCCACAUGGGAUUUGUACAUCGCUUCCAUGCUAUCAAAUGUUUAGGAGUUUAUAUGGCAAGAUUUGCCACUAAUUCCUUUGAAGCUGCUGGGAUUUAUCCAGAUAGCACCAGAAUAACCUUCAUCUCCACUUAUGAACUGUACUUGUAGACGUUGUACUUCAGUUUGUAAAGGAGGGCACGUAAAGAGCACAGAGAAGGAUAUACAAUCAUGCCUGUGCCAAAGGGCUCCUGGAAGAAAGGGCAAAGAAGUUUCAUUUCUUCACCAGCACUGGGGCUUUGAUUCCUCCCAUGAAGCAAGACUUUUUUUGUGUGUUUCAAGGCAGCAUGCUAAGUUAAAGCUGUAUAUGGAUGUAAUGCUACAGCCACUGCGUGCCUAUCUUACAGACAUAAGGUAUCCAUACCACAUUAUGUGAAUAGGUGCAGCAAUUGGUAGGUGGCAGCUAUUCUUCAUCACAGGUCCUCUGAUGCCAUGUGAAAUUCACCAUCUGUGUUCACAAUCAGGACUGAACGUGACUCCUGCUAGCAGAACUUUCCUGUUUGAAUAGUUUCUAGAUGACUGGCACGUGCAGUCCAGUUCCUCAUGUCAAUUUAGUUGUAAAACAUGCAAGCUGUGGGGGAAUAGGGUUCCCCCAAAUGCAACACUUUGACAUCCAUAAAUACAUUAUUUCCUUGGUCAAGCUUGGAUUUAAAGGUAGAGAAGCCUUUAAGCAUAUGUGUUUUUAAUAGUUAAGCUGUAAUCUCACAGCAAUAAAAAAUAUGCUAAGCAAUGGAAAGGGGAAAAGUCUUUUGACUUAUCUUAGAGUAUAACUUCAAAACCCCUGUGAGCAUGUUACAGGGACAUCUGGAUUGAAUUUCUUAAUGCUGCUGUUGAAGAUGUGGGAAAGAAGAAGACAAUAAUUUUGGGAUCGGGAAAGUCUGGAGUAUCCCUGGUGAGCAAAACAACCCAGAUGUAUGCCUGCUUUUCCUUACACUCACAGUGCUACCAGCCUUUUAAAUUCUCCUCUUUCCCAUUAGGGCAGUCAUAAGUAAAUAUGAUGGGAAUCUUAAAAAUAAUU